UUAGGGUUUGUUGAAGGUUCUGAGCGGGGCUUUCUGGGAAUUGUAGUCCUUUGGAGUCGCCCUUAUCUGCUUAGUUGCGGGCUGCGGCCACUGUCGUGUCCAGGGGCCGGGAGGACUGUCUAGGAAGGUAUUCGGGACCGGUGGCGGCGGCGGCAGAGGCAGAGAGGCGAGAUAGCAGAAUGAACACACCAACUAUGGACGUAAAGCCAGCGGUAGUUUCUAAGCAAGCCGAGGAGGUGAUCAAUGGAAUAGCCACCCAGGUGGUCUGUUCUGCGUUCGACGACCACAUCCUGGUUGUAGUGACCCAGUAUGGGAAAAUGGGGACUCUGGUGUCGGUCACUCCAAACGUGGUGUCUGAAGACCUUGGGAAGCCCACAUUGACCACCAAAGUCCUGCUCGGAUGUGAUGAGCCUAUUAUACAUGUCUGUGCUAAGAACUUGGUGAGCUUUGUCUCGCAGGAGUCUAAGAACAAGCCAAUAAUUCUGUCUAUUGCAUUAAAGGACAGAAGUGCGGACUGCAUUAAAACCCUGAAAGGUGUAAUAAAGAGCUGCCAGGUCUGGUGACGUAAGCAAUGCCUUCUGUAUAGGGUGUUACUAGUCAUUCCUGUACCUGUUGCUAGAACCUGUAUAUUGUCCUCGCUGUACAUAUAUCUGCUUUACAUUAAAUAUUUUUUUAUACCUA